CGGACAAUGUGCCUGCUACCGGGGAGAGAGUGCAGACUCUGUCCGUGGGCGAACAAGCAAAGCACCGACAUCGUUAAGGGACCAGCAGGCUAUUAGGGUGGGGGGAAAAAAGCCCCCCCCCAAUCUAUUGGGAUUUACAAUCAAACCAAGGGCGUCAUAGAGGUGUUCGUAUAGAUCAUACGAAUACCAUCUUCGGAUACUUUACUAGCCUGUGAUGAGGAGGAGACUCAUGUGUCCUGGAGCAAGACACUCGGCUUGAGGUUAAUGAUGGACAGCACCAUGAACAUGACUCAUGGGUAUUUUCUCUUGUAAGUGUUUAUUGACUUGAGUGGUAAUGUCUUCCAAUGGCGAUGAAGAGAUGGACAUUGCAGACUGGCUUGCUGCUAUCCACCUGGAGAGAUACCAGGAGAGCUUUAAGAAGCAUGGCUAUUACAGUGUUAAAGAUAUCCUCUCUCUUGAUAACGAGAUCCUUCAGGAAAUCGGUGUUGGUGCCACAGGUCAUCGAAAGCGAAUCAUUAGUCGGCUGCGACAUAUUUCAGGAGAGGUGUGGCCACCCUCUGGCUUAAGCUGCAUGGACAGGGAGGACUCUCAAGAGGGUAUAAGUAGAAACGAGAAAGAUAAUGCCGUUAGCAAUAAGACUUCAUUACUAAUGACCAAUGAAGUGGCUGAAAACAAGCCCAGCUUACAGAACCUCAGUGAAAGCAAGACCACUUCUGAACCUACAGUCAAGCCUGUGCCAAAACCCAGAACAGUAUUUAACAAAACAGCGAAUACAAAAUAUCUUGUUGCACCAUCUUCAGAGACUUGUUUAGAAAAUGUUGCCAGUACUUCAGGAAACAUUUUUGUACAAGAAGGUUUUGUUUCAAUAGGAAGCAGCUUGGAUUCAGGGGAUUGUACCAGACAGAAGCCAGAAGGGGUGGGGUUGGAGGUUGGGACCUCUUUGUGUUCAUCCGCUAGGGCAGGGAAACCUUUUCAUCCCUUUCCAUCUCUCCCUAUGCGUCAGAACAAAAAGACUUCUCUGCCUGGCUUGACAAGUUACAGAAACGUGCUGCAGAUGGAAGCGGAUACCGUGCACUGUUCUCCAAUAUCGGGUUUGCCUUCCUUUGCUGGAACUGAGGAGGAAGUUACCUCCUUUUCAACCAAUGCUACCCCUAUACAGGAAACGCUGACAAUGAUAUCCAAUGAAAUCUAUUCUGGGUUGAGUCCUGGGAAUGGACCUCUCAGUGAUGCUGCAGACACUGAAACACACAGAUCCAAUAUGAACCUUAAAAAAGACACAAUAACACAAGAAGUGACUUCUCCACCAAACAGACUAAACUGUUCAAACUCUUCGGACCUAGAGUUGCCUGUUGUCCCAGAAAGACCCCUCUCUAGUUUAGUACCUCCAGAGCCUGUCAGCCCGUACUGUGAAGCUGUCUUCAGCCGGCAACCUCAAACCCAGGAGCCAAAGCAGGAUGCCAAGAACACCAAAGUACGGACUUGUGCUACUAUGCCAAUGUUUGCUCCUGGGGAGGAAAAGAACAAUCCCUGGUCCACCAGUGAUCAAGGCAAGGAUAAAAAGAAUGAUGGCGAGGAGGAAAGGUCACAUCGCAUCUCUCAGAUUGUACACAAUGAACUGGAAGGUUACUCCACUGUGGAUGCCCCACCAGCCAACAAUAGGUUUAGCCUCCCCUCGCACUUGUAUAAAGAUGAGCUAUCAGAAGACUUGACCAUAUCACCAUAUGCCAGCUUCACUUCGCUGUCAGACAGAUCCCGGCCUGUGCUCUGUGGGUGGCUUGACAAACUGUCUCCUCAAGGAAACUACGUCUUUCAGAGAAGAUUUGUUAAGUUUGAUGGCCAAACUCUAAUGUAUUUCAGUAAUGAUAAGGAGCUGUAUCCUAAAGGAGUGAUUCCCCUCAACUCCAUUGAAAUGGCUCGGUCAGCCAAAGAGAACAAAUUUGAAGUUGUCACAAAACAUCGGAUUUUCGUUUUCAGAGCUGAAAGUGAAGCUCAAAGGGCUGAAUGGUGCUCUGUUAUCCAGAACAGGGUAAAGGAACAUUGCAUGCUUUUCCCAAGGACACGACCAGGCUGCAGUAUCUUGUGUAAGAGAUCCGGCUACCUGGAGCUCAAAGGUUAUAAGUCAAGAAUUUUUGCUGUCCUCACAAAUGAUGAACUCUGGAUUCACAAAAAUGAACAGUUAUAUAAAAUGGGAAUUGGGAUGUUUGUUAUUGAAAUGCAUGGAUCUACUAUACGAUGUGCACGGAACAAGACCUUUGAGCUGAUCACACCACAGAAAACUUUCAGUUUCACUGCAGAAUCAGAGAGGGAGAAGAAGGAAUGGAUGGAAGCCUUACUGGAAUGUAUAUCUGAAUCACUGUCGGACUAUGAAGUAGCAGAGAAGAUUUGGUCCAACAAGGCCAAUAAGAUGUGUGCUGACUGUAAAGCAUGCAAUCCUGACUGGGCCUCCAUUAACCUGUGUGUUGUAAUUUGCAAACAGUGUGCGGGUCAGCACCGGAGUUUUGGGACCAAUGUGUCUAAAGUACAGAGCUUGAAACUAGACACCAGCAUCUGGAGCAAUGAAAUUGUGCAGCUCUUCAUCAUCUUGGGUAAUGACAGAGCAAAUCGGUUCUGGGCAGCAAGGCUUCUGCCAUCAGAAGCGCUGAAUCCUGAUGAUAGAAUGGAGCGGAGAAGGGAUUUCAUCACACAGAAGUAUCGAGAAGGCAGGUACAGAGGCCCUCAUCCACUAUAUAACACCCAAGAGGAGAUACUGAAGGUGCUUAGUGCAGCUGUUACAGGCCCAAACUUGCUUAAGUCUGUGAUGCAGUUUUUCUGUGAGGCUGAAUCUGUGGCUGAUCCGCUCGACAGCUCUCCUCUAUCUAUGCAAGCUGGGGAGAACUGGAAGACAAGCACCACCAGGAUCAGCAUAGAAGGACAAGCAUCAGAGGACUCAAACCAAGCCAGAGUUUAUGAUGAGAUCAUGCAACCUGUGGUGCAUUCUGGGUAUCUUAACAAAACAUCCGCGUUGAGCAGAACAGUUGCUGCUAAGAAGACAAAAGAUGAAUUCUACAAAAACUGGUGUGUUUUGGAAAGAUCACUCAUCUUCUACGAGAAUGACAAAUGCUCUGAACUAAUUGGGAAGAUUGCACCAUCAGAAGUUGUUUGCAUGGGAGUGAACAAACUUGAAGCACUGAGCAGUCCAUCCCCUGUGGAAAGGUAUCGGUACACAUUUGAGAUCAUCCUGUCUUCAGAAAAAAUGCAUCUGUUUGGAGCUGACACCUCUGAAACUAUCCAGAGCUGGAUAAGUGUGAUUGGAAAGUGGUUCACACCACUGAGUUGCCAUUGUCUGCUAGGACAUGAAUUUCAGCGUGUUGGAAAGAUGCGUUACAAGGCAAUGCUGAACCCUGAGGAAUGGAUGGAAGGGUUUUUCCUGUUACGCAAAUGUCACCUUUUUAUUUGUCCUGAGGAUCAUGGUGCAGCUGAAGACAGUGUUAAUUUACGUCAACUCCAAGAGCUCACUGUAUCUCCUGUAACAGAGAAUGCCGAAAAGAAAGAAAUACUUAUUCUUGUGGAGAAAGGGCGUACCUUAUAUCUACAAGGAAUUACACGUGCUGACUUCCUGGCAUGGAGUACUGAUAUCCAAACUGCAGCUUGUGGCACCGGAAAUGUUUUACGAGACCAGCAGUUAAGCCGAAAUGAUAUUCCCAUCAUUGUAGACAGCUGCAUCGCUUUUCUUACUCAAUAUGGGCUCUGUCAUGAGGGAAUUUACCGCAAAAAUGGAGCCAAGUCUAGAAUUAAAUUGCUUAUGGAUGAAUUCCGCAAGGAUGCCCGGAACGUCAAACUUCGCAUUAGUGACAAUUUCAUUGAGGACGUCACAGAUGUGUUAAAGCGUUUCUUUAGAGAGUUAGAUGAUCCAAUUUUUACUACAGAGCUACAUCCCAAAUGGAAGGAAGCAGCAGGGCACCCUGAAAAAUCUAAGAGGCUGGAUAAAUACAUAGAACUAAUUAAUCAACUUCCGAAGGUCAACAGAGCAACGUUGACUGCACUGAUUGGACACCUAUAUAGAGUUCAGAAAUGUGCAGAUUUAAAUCAAAUGUGCACCAAGAACCUUGCACUGUUAUUUGCUCCCAGCCUGUUUCAAACAGAUGGGAAAGGAGAACACGAGGUGAAAGUGAUGGAGGACAUAAUAGACAACUAUGCCUAUGUUUUCUCUAUUGAUGAAGAACAUGUGACACAAAUGGAAUUGGAAAAUAGCUUAAUCACUACAUGGAAAGAUGUCCAGCUGUCACAAGCCGGAGAUCUAAUUAUUGAGGUUUACUUGGAAAAGAAAUUGCCAGACUGUUGUGUCACUUUGAAGGUGUCUCCAGUAAUGACAGCAGAGGAGCUCACUAAUCAGGUCCUAGAUAUGCGGAAUAUUCCUGCAAGCUUGGACAUCUGGCUGACCUUUGAAGUAUUUGAAAAUGGUGAACUUGAACGACCUUUGCAUCCUAAGGAAAAGGUUCUAGAGCAGGCUUUGCAGUGGUGCAAGUUGGCAGAGCCUAGUUCAGCUUACCUGCUUGUAAAAAAGGUCCCCAUUGUAGAAGGAAGUUGUCUUUUUACAGGAGCAAAAAGAGAAACCCCUAAGUGUGGGUUGGUGAAGUGCAGAGAGGAGUCCCCUAAACUACUGGGAUGUAAAUUCCAGGAAAGGUAUUUUGUCAUCAGAGAUCGGAAGCUGCUGCUGCUUAAGGAAAAGAAGAGCGCAAAGCCAGAAAGAGAAUGGCCUCUUGAAAAUGCAAAAGUUUACAUGGGAAUCCGGAAAAAGAUGAAGCCACCAUCUCCGUGGGGAUUCACUAUCUACCUAGACAAGCAGCAACUGUGCUUAUGUUGUAAUGGGCAGCUAGAAAUGUGGGACUGGAUCACAAGCAUUCUAAAGGCCCAGCAUGACGAUCUCCGUCCCGUGGUUUUAAGAAGGCACUCCUCUUCAGAUGUCACCAAGCAAAAAUUUGGUACCAUGCCCCUUGUUCCAAUCCGGGGUGAUGACACAAAUGCCACCAUGGUUACAGCUAACCAGACACUGCGUCGUCUACAUACACGAAGGACACUGUCUAUGUUCUUUCCAAUGAAAGUCCACCAAGAUUCUUUGGAGGAACUUCAGGAAAGACACGAUGAUGAGGGCAAUGAACCUGUGUACGAGGAAGUAGGAAAUUACCAGAGCAAGCUUCAGUCAGACUGCAGCCAUAUAGUGGAACCUCAACAUUUCCCUCCGCUUUUGGACAGAUCCAGUAAACCUUCUCUUGAUGGUGACCAAAAGAAGCACACUAUGCAAAACACACCAGAUCAUGUCCACAUGAACCCUUGUUCUCUAGGGAGGUCAGAGAAAGAGAAGUAUAAUAAAACUCAUUCCCUUGAUAGAAAUAUUUGUGUAGAUAAUGUUAAGACUCUGACUAAUGACACCACAAAAUUACUUGUAUCUGAAAGGGGUACUGGUGGUACUUUUGGAAAAACUGCUUCUCUUGAAAGGCAGCUGGAACCUAAUCGAACCCAGACAAUUUCUUCAAGAAGCCAAGGGGCAAAAAGUGCACUGGACUUGAGCUCCUUGCCACUGUUUUUUGAACCAUCUUCAGAUCCAUUGAAGAAUCCAGCAUGGAAGAAGAGCUUACCAGUUUCCUCUAAUAUGCAGGACAAACUGCUACAGGAACUCAGCACAAUUAUCUCAAAGAAAAAUGAAGCAAGUCCAGAGUCAAGCCAGCAGGUCACGUGACUAGUAACAUGGAUGUCAACUGCAUUUUAGGACCAUUCCAAACUUAAAUUAUGGUCCAAAAUUGUUAAUUGUAAACAUUGGGACCAUCUGAAUUCUAAAUGCGCUCACAAACUUGAGACUUGUGGCUACAAUGAAAGCGUUCUGCUUGUGAUGUCAAGAUCUUAUAUUUGUAAAUGCAGUAUGUACUUUACAUUAGUAGUUAUUUGUGAAGACUGUGUGUCCGUUGAAACCAACUAUGCUUUAGUAAAAUUUAAAACAUUUUACUAUAAAAGAUAAUCUCAAGUAGUCUUUAAGUUGAAAUUAUUUAAUUGUAUGAAGCUACUAAGUUAUAUUUUCUUUAAAGAGAAGAUGGGUGUUAGUAAUAUACUGUAAAAUAAAGUAGUAAAGUACAAUCUGGAAUUAAA